AUGUCAAUAGAGGUUGCCAAAGGUUCAUCACCAUAUGCGUUUUACGCAUUUUAUCAACUUUAUUCUCAUUUAAAUCCGGGGAAGACAAUCCCUCUUUCUAUAGAAGAAAUAGCAAGGAAGUUAUACCCCAAUUCCAAAGUAGACAACCAUGAGAAAACCUCCUUGUUUAUAACUUGGAAGAAAAGGUCAAGUAAGUUUCAUAAAGAAAACACGAACAAAGAUAAUUAUAUACUUAGAGGAUGCAUCGGUACAUUUGCAAAAAUGCCAAUUACACUUGGUAUCGAAAAGUAUUCUUUGAUUGCUGCUUUAGAAGAUAGGAGGUUUUCGCCAAUUCAAAAGAAGGAAUUGAAGGAUUUGAAAUGUAGUUGCAAUAUCUUGGGCCGCUUCAAAACUAUCUUUCAAGGUGGUGAUAGUCCAAGCGGCGACAUCAUGGAUUGGGAACUCGGAAAGCACGGUAUUGAACUGCAUUUCAAGCAUCCAAAGACAGGCGCCACAUGUAGUGCGACAUUUCUGCCUGAUGUUAUGCCUGAACAACACUGGAAUAAAGAAGAUACAUUUGUUAAUUUAAUUGAGAAAGCAGGUUACUGGGGUAAUAUCAGUGAAGUAAUGAAUAAUUUUGAAAGUUAUUUCAUUGAAGUAAUAAGAUACGAAGGUAACAAAAGUUCAAUAACUUUUGAUGAAUUUGAGAAGCAACUGAAAGACAUAGAGACCUAG